AUGAAAUUGGUUCAGUCACUAGGGUCAGCCAUAGCUAAAAGCGGUGUUAGCAGCUCAAUUUGUAAUAGUGGAAGCGACGUCGCACAGGCGUUUCGUUUUAAAUGCAAACCAAAGGUCGCAACCCAGGUGAUCGCAAGCAAAGUGAGGAGGAAUAAUGAUAAAAUCAAAUUUCUUGAAGAAAACAGACAACUCGUUGGUAAGGGUUCUAUGUUUGAGCGUCGUACUGUUCAAGAUUAUUUAGCCCCACUCAAUGAACAUCGUUUGACAAGGCAUCGCAUUGAAAAUAGAUAUGAUGCAACGAUAGCGCAAAGAAACCAUCGUCUUUUGAAGAAAAUACAAGAUUCAGAGGAUGCUGGUACUUUGUUCUUCAACCAGUUUCAUCAGUAUGUGGUUCAGAUGAUUUCUCUGCUAAUACUUUUGACACCCAAGAAAAUAAACGUUGAGCACAACAUCCUUAGUUUCCAGGGAGAAAAAUUCACCGAACUGCCCCCUAUACCAAAUUUUAAGCAAAGUCCAGAUCAAUUUGAAGCUUAUGUUUCUAUGCUUUGUCAUAGUAAAUUUUUUUACAAGAAAUCGUCGAGCAUGAAUGGCAUUGUGAGUAAAAUCUUGCGUAAUCUCAUGCAUCCUUCCAAUGUGAACACUCUCGGACUGAAAUCGGUAAACUGCUUUAACGACGUUAUUUUAUUCUACUCUGAAAGGUUUGAGUUUGCCUCUUGUCGAGAAUUUUAUGCCCAAAUGAAGAUCGAAGGAGUUAAACCCAACUCAAAGACCUUCAACCUGUUGAUUAGAGGUGUUUUGAAAAACUCGCACUUGCGGAAAAGAACCAGUUCUUUCGAUGAUUUGAUCUUUUUCUUGAAGCAAAUGAGACAACAUCAGAUUCAUGCCGACACCAUAACUUGGACGACCUGCUAUAACCUAUUACUCGAUGACAUCUCGAGAGAUCUAUAUAUGUCAAAAAUGAUGGAAUGCUCGGUACCCAUUACAGGCCCAUUCAUCCUGGCGGUUUUGAAGAAUGCAAGCUUAACAGCUUCUCAAACUUUAAGAUUUCUUUCAGAUCAUUCCGUUCCCUUAACUUUAGACCUUUUCAAUGUUUGCGUAUCGAAGCUUGUGGAGGAGGAAAAGUUUGAGGUUGCGUGGGCUUUCAUGAAACAUGUGCACUCAAAUGGCAACGUUCGCAUAGAUUUCAGCAGCUUGAAUAUUUUUCUUCGAAAAUUUGCAGAGGCAGGCCGCUUGGACAUGGCGCUUCUGACGUAUAACACAGCCAUAUCAGACUACACUAUGAAACCCAACUUGCAUACCUUUGAUAUGCUUUUCAAGGCACUCGUUCGGAAUGGUUAUACGGACAAUUUCAACGGUGUAUUCCAAUAUCUGAAACAAAAGCUCAUAACACAUACGAAUUCAGUCAAUGUUUUCAGUUAUUGGCGAAUGAAGGCACAUGCAAUGGCGAAGUUCAACAUCAAAAAGAGGCAUGAUGACAAGGAGUUUAUGCAUCUGAAAAACAUGCUAGACGCUCUGAAAUUCGAUGGUAGGGGCAUGAAAUGGAAUUGCUGGCGUGAUUAUGGCAAAUCUAUGAGGAAAUCUUUACGUUUACUUGGAACAAUCCCUCCUAAUAUGAAGGAAAAAAGUGGCCGUACUAAAUUUGAUACUUCUGAAAGCACAAUAAUCAAGAAACGCGCCUUUCGCAAAAGAAUACGAUUUUUAGCGGUUCAAAACGCUAUGAUUAAACGCAUUCCGUACGCCAAGGAUAGAUACGGGGCUCUUAAGCUAGAAUUAGAAGAGAGAGGGCUUCUAAAAUCCUGA